UUAGAUGAAGCAAUUAAUUGGUAAUAUCUUCGCAUAUUAGCAACACAAACUACUAACAGAAAACGAACAUUGUAUGAAUAUAAUGCUUCUUGCAUUAAUUAGUUCCCGAUUUGAGUAUGCUGUUGGUGGUAAGGAGAUGUAGGAAUAAUUAGUGUGUUUUUAGCUUGUCAGAUGGUUAAUGAAAAACGGAAACAAACGAUUUUAAAUAUUAGGUAACAGUGCCAUUUUGACAGAAGUAUUUACAAAAUUUAAGAGUUCAAAUGAUGUUGAUGAUUGAAUAAUUUUUCAGUAAAAUUAAAUGCAUAACUAUGUCAACCUGCCAGCAGAUUUUCUCGUGUUUUUGUUUUGUGUGCUUGAAAAUUUUCCCAAAAUCGUUGCUUGGAAGAUGCAUUUUUCAAAAUUCAGCGUCUUUAAGUGCAUGUUUUCGUUUACUAUAUUUUCUAGGCAAUAUUUGGAAACACAACAGCAGAUUAGAAAUUGAACUAGAAUGGAUUGGGGAAUUAGUGAAUGAUAAUUUACAAUUAGGCGCUAGACGGCGGUAUUAGGAAACGUCCAAAGCUCUUAUCAAAUUAUGGUGUCGCGGAAGAAGAUUUUAUCGAAAUCUCGAGAUGACAUCAAUCUACUAUCCAACCCACAACCUGAAGACUCCGAAGAUGUGUGGUACCAAAAAGAAAAACUGUUUAAGGAUCACAUUCAAGAGGUGCUAAAUAAAUGGAAUCAAAUUGAUGAUGAAAUUUGGGCUAAAGUUGUAGUCUUGGAGCGAAACCGACGAGUAGCGAAAGCUUAUGCCAGAGCACCAGUUUUGACUGUUAAUGGUUCAGAUUCCGGAUUUGACGGAUUUAGAAUUGGAUUAUCAGGCUUUGAGAAUCCUUUAAGAGACAAAAAAACUGAAGAAUGCAGGAGACAUAUAGGUCAUGGCGUAAAAAUCAAAAUGGACGAAGACGGCAAUAUUCUUAUAAAGCGACUGUCUCGAGCCAACGUUUUCAUCAGGCGUACCACCCUGGAUGAAGAAAGUGCCAUAUCAAACGAAGUUCUGAAACUUUCCCAUGGAGCAUUAGAAGCCAACAAAGCUUUCACUCUGUUUGACAUGAAUAAAUUUCAAAUAAAUGUAACAAAUGAGCUGAAACGGUCAUACCCGAAUAGAAGGCGAUUAGAGAAUCAAUGUCUUAGUGCCAUCUGUUUUGUUAAAAACGAUUCAGACCUUCUAAAGUCUCCUAUAUGGAUGCUAAUUAUUAAUAUGGUAGCUAUUGAUAUGUUAAAGUCGCAAAUACCUCUAGAAACCGCAAAUAGUCCUCAAAGCUUACCAGUAACUCUUCCUUUAGAAGAAGAGAAUUAUUCAGUGUGUGCCAACGCAAAAAACGGAAAACUUUCAACGGAUAAUCACGUCAACGGGAGCAGUAAUUCUAGUAGUAACGAGGGAAGUUAUAGCAGUGGAACCCAUAGAGACAGCGGCAAACGAGAAUUGAACAAUCCUCCAGAGUUGCCCCCAAGGAAGAAGUUAGAGCCUUGCAAUAUUCCCCAGCCGGAUUACCAGCAAUAUCAACAGCAACCACCGGCGAGCUCAAUUAGAAGAAUUCCUUCAAAAAAACACAAAAAUAAAGUAAAAAAACUUAAAAAGCAACCGGACGAUCCGUACUACUGUGGAAUGAAGGCUCGAAUUCCGAACUUUGUUGCGAAGCUGACAAGAAAAAAGUUUCACCAACCCAAUUGCAAACAGUACCAACAACAGGUGCAACAGCAGCAGCAAAUAAUUCACAACCAGCCGAUUUAUGGGUACCACCAGCCACAUUACCAGCCAACUCCCAUGGAACAACACGUUAGGAGAGUGUCCCAAGUAAAGCAUCCAAAUGUGGUUCCCAGUGCUCUAUGGAGUGCAAGGAGUUUGGACAGUGGGCUAGGUGAGAGCUUUUGGAUGUAUUUUAUUUUUGUGCAUACAUAUAUACUGUUUUUACAGUUAAAAAUUAAAAUUUGAUAGCUAUUUUUGUGCAU